AUGGAUACCCUUCGGUUGUCAGGCCUUCACACCCUGACCACAUCUAUUUUUCAUGCUUUGACUGCUAGAAACGAAGUUGACCAGCUUGAGGAGAUUUUUCCUUUCUUACAUUCUGGCCCUGGGCUGAAGCACCUCUGUAUCUCGGACUGGGAACUUGUCUACCUAUCCGAAGUCCACCCACUGACAUCAAUGUAUGAGCCUAAGCCGAUAUGCCAGUUAGAAUCAGUUACGCUUCCCACCUCCACGUCCGUGGGAAAUCAAAAUUUUCUUUGCAAGUUAGUUGCCACCGGAAAUCUUUCUCAACUUCGCUCACUCGAUAUCGGUUCUUUAGGCGACGCGAGAAUUCUAGUCAGCGUUGCUGGGCUAUUUCCAAACCUAAAGAGACUUUUUAUUUCUCUCGAUGCCAGAAUGUGGAAUUUUGAAAAAUACAAGCAUUGCAAGUCUUUGUUCUUCCAAGACUCAACCGCUGGCAUACUUGCAUUUCGCCCGUUGGAAUAUCUUUCUAUCAAGGGCCUUGACAGUGUAGAAAAUUUGAACAGCAUCAUCCAACAUCAUGGCCCCUCAUUGAAGGGACUAGCACUAGUACCUCACGACAUAAUCUAUGAGUACCCCAGACUUCAUCUUUCUGACCUCCUUGAAAUGGCGAUUCUUUGCCCGAACUUGGAAGAGCUACGUCUCCAGAUCAAAAGAUCCAUGGGUAGCCAAGAAGAGUGUGAGAUGUACAAAGCCUUCGGUACCUUCCCCAAUCUCCAAAUACUAUUUCUAGAUCUUGAUUUCGAUGCUCGGUCACGGCUACCAUCGCCGCCCAAUUUUGAAACGGAAAAUCUUGACGAUCUCCGACAAACUUUCAUCAAUGCAGCCAUGGAUGAGAAACUGGCCUUCCAAAUUUGGAAGACGAUCAAAAACAAGGAUUCUGGCUUGAGAGACCUACGUCUUUUGCCAUUUGGAAACCGGGUAUUUGCUCAUGAAGAGCGUUUGUUGAUCUGCUGUUUUGCGCGAUCAUGGCUGCUGACAUCUUACAACCUUGAGUAUCCAGGAUUACUAGUCAUCGAGCAAAUUGGGAAAAGGGCGUGGGAGGUAAAACGAGCGAAGAAAUACCCUGAUUGGGAGCCCUGUCUCACUGAAAGAAUGGCAUCCGUUGUCCACAAUAUCUGGCCCCAGGUGCCUGGAUACAGUGACUGGUGGACUUGUUGGACUAGCUUGCCUUUGCAACCAGACGACUGUCUCCCUGACGAACAUUGA